ACCUUCAGCUCAGAUUGGAUGUGUGAUACUGUCCAAAACGCAUGUACCAUGUCCGAGGACCUGAAGGAGAAGCGCAGAAAACAAGCCCAGCCUAAGAGAAGUCAAGGUGACUGUUAUGAGCAACUCCAUACAGAAAGGGAAUUUUCAUCCAAAAUAGAAAGAGAUGAAGAGAGAAGAUCGAGGACCCCUCUUACCUUAACCGUCCCAACAACACUGAAAAGUGAAGCCAAUCUGGGUUUGGCGCCUGCAGAGAGACCAGAACUGAAAUCUUGCGGUCGCUGUGGAAAGGAUAAUAGGUUAACAAACAAUGGCUGCCAGAUUGACUCUUCUCUAAAUGCAUGUCACUGCCUAGAUAUUCCCCAGCAGGACUUACAGAUUACACUGAAGAAUACAACAGAAAACAGAAAAUUUCAGUGUGUGGAAUGUGGAAAAGCAUUUAAGUUCAAACAUCAUUUAAAAGAACACUUUCGCAUACAUAGCGGAGAAAAACCCUAUGAAUGUUCCAAGUGCAAAAGAAGGUUUUCACACUCUGGAUCUUACAGCUCUCAUUUAAACAACAGGAAAUGCUUCCCUGCUAAAGACAGUAAUUCCAUACCUCCUCCACUAAUUCAUUCAUGUUCCCUUCCUGGAGGACUUGACUUUGGACAAAAGUAUAGAGAUCAAGCCAAACUGCAACACUCCCAUAGUAAAAACUGGCUAAUGUACCAUCCAGUUGCUGAUCCUUUACCAGCCCCGCAUGUGACAUGGUAUAGCCAUGAUUUUAAUAUCACACCUGGAUCUCUUGAGAACAUCCCUUUUGACAUGGCUUUGAAUCCGCAGUUGGGAAAGGCUUCCGAUCUUUGGCAUAUUGGCAACGAUUGCUGGAGGAAUUUGCAACAAAUCCAUUCCAACAGGUGGCCAGAAGAUGAUGAUAGACAGUGGGGCUCUCAGGAAAUGGAUCACCAGAAUGCCGGUGUCUCUCAGUGUGCAAAGUAUCAACCAGAAACACUGCUUGCCAGGAGGCACUAUGAAACCGAACAAAACACAACUUCCUUAAUUCAGUACCAUAGAGACUACCCUACUGAAACUAUAGGAAAUGAUUUAGUAAUAAAUACAAAUGCUCCACCGAGAAAGCCCAGUACAGAGAACUUAGAAACCGAAAAAGAACAUCAGGCAAAAAAAACUAAUGGAUGUGACCAGACUUCAUCUCCUAAAUGUCCACAAAAGCUGUUAUCUCCUGCCAACAGGCUGGAAACAUCACAUCACUGCCAUUCAAGUCAGUACUGUAGUUCAGAACACAUCAAGUCAAAUUCUAUAAGAUCUGUUAAUGCACCCCCUGACAAUCCUCUAAAAGACACCCAGAUUGAGCCUCUGGACUUAUCUGUACCAAAAAUACAGGCCAAUCCACAUAAAAGGAAAUAUUUAAGUGAGGGACCUUUGAAACAAGCAAAUUAUACAUUGAGAAGUAAAAGUCCCAGGCCAGAUUUAUUUUCACCUCACAUUUUGCCACAGCAUGUGUCAAACAAUUUGCCAUGUACUUUGCCAGACGUACUACACAACUUCAUUCAGAAUCGUUAUCCAUUUCUACAUAUUAAUCAUAGUUUCAGUGGACUCUCAUUCUGCCCCUUUAUAAACUGCUUUUAUGGAACCCAACCAAAUAACUUGGGGAGGAGAAGUGAAGACUUCACACCAAUGAAUUUCUCGGAGGAAGGGAAACAAACUGAAAGUGCACCACGGAAGAAGAGCAAGAAAGCUGAGAAUGGUAUAUAUGCCUGUGAUCAGUGUAAUAAGAGUUUUCAGAAAAGCAGCUCUCUUCUACGCCACAAAUAUGAGCAUACAGGAAAUAGACCGCAUCAAUGUGGAGUUUGCAACAAGGCCUUCAAGCACAAGCAUCACCUCAUUGAGCAUAUUCGGCUACACUCAGGAGAAAAGCCAUAUUGUUGUGAUAAAUGUGGCAAGAGAUUCUCCCAUUCUGGGUCCUUCUCUCAACAUAUGAAUCAUCGGUAUUCUUACUGCCAUAGAAACUCUACAGAUCUCCCAGAAAAUGGUGAAAUGACUUGGGGAAAUACAACUAACCAGUCUGAAAAUUACCCAGUGUUGCCUUCUCUUGAGACACUGAGGAACAUGGUGCAGAGCUAAUAAGUGCCCAUAGGGUGCAUAAAGAAAAGCACUACAAUUGCUCUCUAAGGAAGUGGACCAAUGGACACAUGAUUUCAGAAUCGGCAUAACCCGGUUUCAUUUGAACAAUUAAAAGGGUUGUUGAAGCUAGGGCAUUUAUGGCAUAUCGAUGACAGCUCCUUUCUCAAGGAUGGGGCCCCACAGAUGCAUGACUUGUUCUCCAUUCACUUUGUUCUUGAGAUAAUAGCAAGUCCCAGAUUGACCUGCUCCUAUUGGAUAUUUUAUGGCAUAUUGAUAGAAUAUGCCAUAAAUGUCCCAGAUGGAAAAACUCUUUUAAAGAAUACACAGUAUUACUUUUUCGAAAUAACAGGUCCAGAAAAAAACAGGAUCUAUUUUUAAGGGUUUAUACACAAAUCACACAUUAGAUCUUCUUGGUGAUAUGUCCUGUGUGUGCAAUAAUAAUAACAAAGAUGACUACUAUUAAAAAGUUGAUGUGCCUAUGUUCUGCAUAGGCUGAUGGAGUUUUCCCACAAGUACCGUCUGACUUGUUAUAUUCCAAUUGUUUGCAUUUAAGGGAAGAGGGAACCAUUAAUGCAAAACCUUGAAGGCUGAAAUCAAACAUAUAUCGUUUUUUUUUAGGUCUGUUAGGUGUUUGAGUGGAUCCAAAAAGAAGAAAAGGUAUACGGAAAAAUGAUGCUUCUUUUUUAUAUAUACCCCUGUGUUGGGACUUAAAAAGUGUACCAAAAACUUCUACAAAACUGUACAGUACAUGUGAUUCCAGAAUAACAUAGCCCCCCACCUUCUAUGUGCUAUUUAUAAUUCUAGUGUCUUCUUAUAUGACAGACAGGUCUUUGGACCCACUUAGGCACCGGGGCUCAGAGGCAAUUGCUACUUCUACACCCUCUAUAGCUACACACCUGGCACUCGGCAGUGUUUUAGCAUACAUUGCACUCAUGCUGUUGAUAUAAUCUGAACUAUGGUGUGCUAUAUGUAACAACCACUAUUCUUUAUGUAUAUAUGCAAAUUUCUGGUGCUAUUAAUAAUAAUGGUAAAUAAUUGCCAUCUCUUUUACUCACAGCACUAUCUCUGGCUUCUUUUUAGUUAUGUUACUCAGUGGUACUAGUGUUACAUAAAGGUCCAGGAAAGUUUGAAGGAGUAUGUUGCACAAUAUUAGGAGAAAUUAUAUUAUACAUAAUACUACUGUAUGGCUAAAUAUAUUUUACCAAAAUACAGGGUUGCAAAUAUGAAAUAUUGUAAUAACAUAUAAGAUUUUUUUCACACUAACAAUGAACAUGACAUUUAGUCCAACACUAGAACCGAAAUCUAUAAAAAACAUAAAAGGGGUUGUCUAAUGUAGAAAACCUAUUUUCAAAGGUCCUAUUGUAAAAAGCUUAGAGUGGGAUCCACCACCCAUGACCUUAUAGUAAAAGUCUAGAGAAGGGAAGUGUCUCUCUCUGGCGUGAGAAUAGACAAUCUUACUGAAUUUCCCCCCAUCUACUUCUGGAUAGUCAUAAUUAACUAGACCUCUUAGAAAAUUUGAAGACGUUUUACCAUGUUCAUGGGAUUCUUUUGAAUAAGUGGGAGCAAACAUUCCUCAAUUUGGCCUGGGUGAUCUCCUUGGUCUUGGAAAUCAGUUGUCAUAUGUGUUAAAAAUUUCUACCUUGCUGUCCCCAAAGAAAUGUUUCUUGUCCCUGUAGGUGUAGAUAGACUAUUGCAUCCUGACUGGUAGAUUUAUCUCCAAUUAUG